UUUUUGUCCAAAGAAAUAGAAGAGUAUAAAGAAGAUGCCGCGGUCGUUUCUUGUGGACUCGUUGAUUCUGCGUGAGGCCAACGAGAAGGGUGGGGACUCGAACCCGCCGCCGCCGCUGCUGCCUUACACCGUGCACCCGCCGCACGCGCUCCACGGGCUCUCGGCGGCGGCAGCGGCGGCGGCGUGUCACGCGCGCAAAGCCGGCUUGCUGUGCUUCUGUCCGCUGUGCAUGGCGGCGGCGGCGUCGCAGCAGCUUCACCCGGCGCCCCCGGCGCUCCCACUGCUCAAGGCGGCGGCCGCGGCGGCGUCCUCAGCGUUCCCGGCGGCGUUCGGCUCGCAGUGCUGCCCGUCCGCGCUCUCACGGCAACACUCGCCCUCCAGCGGCGUGCACGUGAACCACGCCGCGGGACUCUACCAGAGCGCGUACUCGGUCGCGGACCCGCGGCAGUUCCACUGCAUGUCACUCGAAAAUAGCAACAGCCAACUUCAGAGCAGCAAGCGGAUGCGCACAGCGUUCACCAGCACACAGCUCCUGGAGCUCGAACGCGAGUUCACCUCUAACAUGUACCUAUCCAGGCUGCGCCGCAUCGAGAUCGCCACCUACCUGAACCUGUCCGAGAAGCAGGUCAAGAUCUGGUUCCAAAACCGACGUGUUAAGCACAAGAAAGAGGGCAAAGGAGGUUCCCACAGAACGGGUUCUCUGCACUGCAAGUGUUCGUCUGCGCGCUGCUCCGAGGAAGAGGAUGACACUCCCAUGUCACCUUCAUCAUCAGGGAAGGAGGACGCUGACCUCUCAGUUAGCCCGUGAACUCUGAGUAAAGAAACGGA